AUGGAUGUGCGAACAGAACCUCUUGUUGCAUCGUCUUCACCAUUCGAAGGAUGGGAAUCAAGGGACACCACCACAAGUGAAACCACCACCAACACUUCCGAAUGGGUUGGAAGAAAAAUUACUAGAAAAACUGUUCGCCAAAUGUUGCGAUUUAGACACUAUGAUUUUCGAAUGAAACUCUUGCAAAAGGCAGAAAUGCGUGGAUGCAAGGUACAUGUUGUCACAGAACAAUAUACAUCGAAAACGUGUGGAAAUUGUUCAGUGAUCAAGGAAGACCUUUAUGGAAGCAAAUGGUUUCAUUGCAAUCAUUGUCACUUCCACAUCCCUCGUGACGGUAAUGGAGCAAGAAAUAUUUUGAUCAAGAAUUACCAUCAUUUAUUACAUUGCCAAGUCCGAUACGGUGUUGAAGGCUUCCCUGUCCAUGCCAAGUCUCAUCAUCACAAUAAUAUUCGUAUCGCUGCUUCCUCGUCCAAUGCAAAAGUUGCUUCUGAUGAUGAUUACAAACCCAUUGAAGUACACUUGGCUUUUACUUCCGUUCCAAAUCAAAUGGUGGUCACAUUUCAUACAGUUAAUUAUGAUGAGAAGAAGUUAGGAAAGCCCAUUGUAAAGUAUAGCUCCAACGACGCAUCAUUGAAACGAGAUUUUAGAGUAGCUCAUUUGGGUGGUGUUGUAACACAAUACGGAGAAAUUUCUCAAACAGGAUUUGACAUGAGUGUGUUACUCUCAAACUUGGAUUAUUCAACUAAAUAUUAUUAUCAAUGUGGAUUCAUGAUGAACGAUAAUGUGACUUCUGAUAUUUAUUAUUUCCACACAAGAACUGAUCCACGAUUGAGUGAAAGUUUCGAGACUACUGUUGUCAUGUAUGGUGAUCAAGGAACAACCAAUAGCAAACAUGUCAUUGCUCAAGUAGGAGACUUUGUGAAGAGUUUUAAUGAUAAUGGAACCAAUCACAAGAAUUUGUUUGUGUAUCAUUUGGGUGACAUUUCGUACGCUGAUGAUUUCCCUGGAUUGAUCUAUCAAGCCAUUUGGACCAAGUACAUGAUCAUGAUGGAGAAGAUCAUGCCCUACACAUCUUAUAUGGUACUUCCUGGAAAUCACGAGAAAGGACCAAAACUCGAACCUUAUCACAAAUUUGAAUUAGGUUUCAUGGCUUACAAUCAUCGUUUCUUUAUGCCUCUUCGAAAUACCUCCCAAUAUGGUCACAAUAUGUGGUAUUCUUUUGAACAUGGACCUAUUACCUUUGUUUCAAUUUCCACUGAAACCAAUUAUCCAAAUGCAUUCUAUUCUGAAUAUGAUUUUAAGGGAGACCAAUUGGCAUGGCUUGAAAAUACUCUUGCUUCGAUUGAUCGAAAGAAGACACCUUGGGUGAUUGUAGUUGGUCAUCGACCUAUCUAUUCUUCAAAACAUGGUUAUAGUACUGCAGAUGGGCAAGUCUCUGGCCAAUCUCUUCGAAUUCAAAGUGCCUUUGAAGAUGUUAUUGUGAAAUAUCAUGUUGAUAUCAUGAUGGUUGGACAUGUUCAUUCCUAUGAAAGAACUUAUCCACUCUACAAGACACAAGUCGAAAGAAAGGAUAAUUUCCAUAAUUUAAGAUAUCCUAUUCAUAUUGUGAAUGGAGCUGGUGGUUGUAUUGAAGGUGUCACACACGAAUGGGAUAUUCAUUUUGGUCAUAAUUGGAGUGCUAAUAUUUUCUACAAGGAUGAAGGUUAUGGUAUUUUGAGAACAUCCUAUUCAAGAGAAACUCGUGUUCACUCAUUACACUUUGAUUUUCAUGCCGCCAAAACCAAUGACAUUGUUGAUUCUGUAACCAUCACUAAGGAUGCUCAAUAA